CGGAGGAGGAGCAGGCGGAGGCGGGGAGUGUGAAUGGAUGACUGUGUGGAGUGUGAGAGACAAGGUUAUUACUGGCGAACGGACAGCAGCUUCACUUCCCGGACUUAAAAAAAACAAACAAACAAACAAAAAAAAAACACCGAUUCUUUGGUGAACUGUACAGGAACCCGGUCAACAGAUCUCUUAUUGUGAAAGUCUCGUGUUUGGAGGGGAACUGUGGAUGUAUGUGAGUGACCGGUGCCGGCGGCUGAGGCGCACCGCGCGCAGACAAUAAAGUGGGAGCGAUCCAAUCACAACAAAAGACAUAAGAUGACCGAGGGCCGUCUGUGCCAGGUUCACCUCCUGGAUGACAGGAAGCUGGAGCUGCUGGUUCAGCCCAAGCUGUUGUCCCGUGAGCUGUUAGAUUUGGUGGCUUCACAUUUUAACCUGAAGGAGAAAGAAUACUUUGGAUUAUGUUUCAUAGAUGACACUGGCCAGAAUAACUGGCUCCAGCUGGAUCGUAAAGUCCUUGAUCAUGACUUCUCCAAGACAUCGGGGCCCUUGGAACUCAAAUUCCUUGUGAGGUUUUAUAUAGAGAAGAUCACCUUUUUGAAAGACAACACUACGGUGGAGCUGUUCUUCCUGAAUGCUAAGUCUCUGGUGUUUAAUGAGACCAUCGAAGUGGAGAGUGAAAAUGUUUUCAAGUUAGCCGCAUUCGCAUUGCAGGAGGCCAAAGGAGAUUUCAUCAGUGCUGAGACUGCCAGAUCAGACCUGAAGCAGCUCCCAGUUCUGCCCACCAGAGUCUUAAGAGAGCACCCAUCUCUCAAUUACUGCGAGGACAAAGUGAUUGAACAUUACAAGAAACUGAAGGGGCUGACCAGAGGACAAGCAAUUGUGCAGUAUCUGGCCCUGGUGGAGUCCCUGCCGACAUACGGAGUCCAUUAUUACCCUGUGAAGGACAAGCAAGAAAUACCGUGGUGGCUGGGAGUCAGCUAUAAAGGCAUCGGCCAGUACGAUUUGCAGGACAAACUGAAACCAAGAAAGUUGUUUCAGUGGAAGCAGUUGGAGAAUUUGUAUUUCCGCGAGAAGAAAUUUGCUGUGGAAGUGAACGACCCACACAGAAGAACAGUGACCAAGCGAACGUUCGGACAGACUGGUCUGGUUAUUCACACGUGGUAUGCCAGCCACUCUCUGAUUAAGACCAUCUGGGUGAUGGCCAUCAGUCAGCACCAGUUCUACCUGGACAGGAAGCAAAGCAAAUCAAAUAUGACCACGACCAGAAGUUCAGGAGACAUCGCCAUGGACCUCACAGAGAUCUGUGCCCCGCGGAUCAGUAAACUUUCCAGCAUUGAGAGCAAAGACCAGCUUAUCAUGGCCAGUAACGGAAGCCUGAUCUCAGCCGGUUCUGCUGACUCUGAGGUCAGCGAGGAGCAGAAGAAAGAGAAGGUUGCCGAGUUGAAAAAGAAAGAGAAGGAACUUCAAGACACACUGACAAAGAAACUUGAGGAACUGAAGAAGAUUUGCAUGAGAGAAGCUGAGCUUACUGGCCGCUUGCCCAAAGACUAUCCCUUGGCCACAGGUGAGAAGGCUCCUCAAGUAAGACGUCGUGUGGGGACAGCCUUCAAACUAGAUGACCUUUUCCCCUAUGAUGAGGACCCACAUCUGAGGAAUCUGGAGAGCAGGUUCGCUUUGCAGCAAAAGAUCGUGGAAGCAGCCAUGAAGUUAUCCAAUGAGGGUGACCUCUGCAAGACUGUGAAGAAAAAGAGGAGGAACAACUGUCUGGAUGCAAUGAGGAAACUGGAGGAGAUCGAAAAGGAGAUCAACACCUACAGGAUCAAGAAAGGGAAGAAACCCACCCAGAGAGCCUCACUGAUCUUAGCAGAUGAUGUCAACCCUUCAGACCUCAGCUCUCUAUCUGACAGCCUCACUCUGGAUGAUGAUGAUGAGCUCGUUUCCCAGAGGCAGCGCUCCAGAUCGGUUCAGUAUUCCCCAAGACCACACCACGCAGAAACUUUGGACAUCCACUAUAGCAAAGACAGACGAUCCUCUGCCAAUGACCAGCAUGCCGACAGCAGAUUAAAUUAUGGCCAAGUCCAGGAAUCCCAUCACUACAGUCACCGCGAUGCCUUAUCCAGCCACAGUAGCCCGUUUAAACCGGCUUCCAGACAGCCACGUGAUGCCCGCAGCAUGCCCCCCACCCCCCUCCUCACACGAAAUGCCUACAGCAGCACCCAGCUCAGAUCAGAGGACACACCGCAGCAUUUCCGCCAGCGUAGUGGCAGUCUGGAGUCCCAGUCCCAGUUCCUGACAGAGAUGGAACCUCCUGUGCCAGCGUUCACCUUCUCCCAAGCCAGACGUAGCAACAGCACAGAGGUCCUCGACGACGGCUCCUCCUACACGAGCCAGUCCAGUGUGGAGUACAGCAUCCCUGGCAACCACAACCACAGACGCAGAGCUCGCGGGCGCCACAGAAAAGACUUGUAUGCCAACACAGGCAGCAUGCCCAACCUGGCUCAGCCAGACACCCGCUGCUACGCCUACCAGGCACGGGCCCGACCCACCACGACAGCCUACUACGUCACAGGCUAUCCCAGCUACGCAGACCCAGAACCUUAUACUAAUGGAGGCUACAUGUAUGACAAUGAGAUGGAGGGACACUAUAACGUCAAUCCUGCCUACCACCCAACCCCGUCAGGUUACCACAGCCACGACGUGCAUGCUCACUAUGGUAACGACGAGAUGGACGGCAUGUCACAGAACCCAUAUGCCACGCUGCGGCCGCCCAGGAACCGCCCGGCACCCCGUAGCAAUGAGCACGUUGGCAAGAACAUCCAGAAGGCUCUGGUAGCAGAACACCUGAGAGGCUGGUACCAACGCAACGCUGCAUACAAACAGCCAGCAUACAACUACGACUACGACAGAGGCUCCCAGCAGAGCCUGGGCUAUCAGACCAUGCCUGCACCCUACGGCCACAGCAACAGAAACACCUCCUACUCAUCAGUGUCCUCGAGUGGAAACUGGCACAACCACAUGAGUGGUGGUGGUAUGUUGGAAUAUGACACGCCCGUGCAUGCACCACAGUCCUACUCUUACAGCACAGCACCCUACAGCCACUCCGCCCACAACAGAUAUGGCGCCUCCCAGCUUUUUAAGGGCUCCUGGCACAGCCCUGACGGCCAGAGGCGCUGUGCCCCUUUCCCUGCUAGUUCUUCCUCCUCCACCUCCUCCCCACCCUCCUCCUCCUUUCCCUCCUCUUCUUACUCCCCUGGCUGUCGGGUCAGGCAGGUUGCCUCCAGCCCUGUGCAGCCACAGUCGUCCAGAGGGCACAGGCUCAGUAAGGUGUCCUUUGUGAAAGGUAGCUCAUAAUCGUACGUCGAUGUCAGCCAAAUGGACCCACACAUCGGUAACCAAAUGAACACUAACCUGGAGCCAGAAGAAAAGAUUCACUGGCAUGAAGACUCAAAACCGGGAACAAUAGUGUAGUUGUCAGCAUGCCGUGUUCAUUUUUUCACCUUGACAAGUUGUCAUUGUGCCUUAGACUGCACUUACCUUUUUGCGUGUACGCGGGGAUCCAAAGAAUGAAGGAACUAAACUUGGUGGAAUUCUGCUUGUAGAGAAACUGAAGUCCUCUUCAUUUUCUCUCUUCUCGAAUGCAAUUGCCAUAAUGUUUUUUAAUCAUAACAAAAUCCCCACAGGAGCGUCCACAUGUCUGGAUUGCGAGUGUUUGUGGUGAUGGCGCUUGUGCACUGAAACUAUACCUGGACCUGCUGUGGACUGAGAGGGAAUGUAGACUCCAGUUCUCGAGUGUUUCUCUGUAAAGAGGCCCGGCUUCACAAACCCAAGACUAGAACCGUCUCUGUAAGAGGAUACUGAGCCGCAACGAACAAUGAGAAAGACACACACACACGUAUGAGCACUGUAACCAUGAAGGAUUGGACAAGGACUGAUUAGGACAUUUUCAAAAUGAAGGAUUGAACUCAUUAAAAUGAGGCAAAAAAAGAUGGCUACUUCCUGGAACAUUCUGCAGUCACUGUUUUAUCAUAGCAUCGCUUGCAGCUGCCACAGAGCUUCCAGUACUCUUGUUUGUCAUUUACAAAGUAUUCAUCCUAUCACACUGUCAGUACUUAAUACAAUUGAGCCAAAUGCGUCUGUCACGCCAUUUGAGUAUUACCUAAAGUCACUAACGUUGACAUCACUGCCACAUCUGAUGAGUCGGUGCAGGAAGACAGGAACUCCAGUUUUGUUAUUUUAUUUUAACAUGGUUAUUUCAUCCAUGCUGGAAAUCAUGGACUGGUGCUCCCAAUGAAGCUGUAUGUAAAUGUUCCUAUUGUAAAUACACUGGUUCUGUCUUCUUUUUUUUUUUUCUUUUUUUUUUUUAAGAGCGUUUUUAUGUAUUUGAAAAGCAUGUAAUAUAUAGUAAAACGAUUGUUGUUAAGCUGGUUCUUAGUAAUUUGUAUAAUUGCAUUUGUUUGAAUUAAAAAAAACCAUUUGAAUCAGC